GGAACUCAAUCGCGGCAAGCUCGAGUCAUUCGUCGCUCAUCAUCGACGCAUCGACGGCGGCGGCGGUGCAAGGUGAUUGAUCAAUGGAUCACGAUACACCUACUGUGACCGACAGUACCAUUCUCUCUUCGUGAAGAUCGGGCCUGAAUUCGGAUUGCGAUCAACAGCACUGCACCGCCAAAGGACCCGCAAAAGGUCUGUGUGUAUGGAUGUGUACAGCGUGCUGUAAAAGCCUUCAGACCCGCAGUGGAAGCGGCUCCUCCUCCUCAUCAUCAUCAUCAUCAUCAUCCAUCAUGCAUUUCCGUGCUGAACUCGUGAGACAAGUCGCCAUGCCCGCCCUGGAGCGCCCCGUCCACAGACGAACAGCAAAUCACAUGCGCGCAAAAUCGUUCUUCCGUGGACCCAAACGUGUGCAGGUGCUCCCUCAGAAUGCCCCACUGACCAGUCUCACUGCUACCAAAAUUCCAUGGCGGCGGCAUGUGCCGCUCACUAGUCGAGGGUUCUGUUCGUGGUUUGGAGCCCGCCAAAUUCCCAUGGUGCGGCCGUCGCCAGCUCCUCGACCACGCGCGCGCUUCCCGCUUGGCCGGCCAGCUCCCAGUCUGAUUUGCUGACGAAGCCGUGAUGACCCUCUCGACCUUCCAGGGAAGCCCCACGCGAUCGUCCUUCUCGUCGUUUCAGACAUCGCGUGCUGUUCGACUCGAACGACACCCGGUGGCAGGUGAUAAAUGCAGCAUGGCCCUGGGCGCUAGCAUCUCGAACUGUGCACGA